CAACUGAUGAGAUGAUCCGAACUUUGACCUCAAACAUGGUUACCAUGCAACAAAACAUGGGAGAAUUUCAACAAACCAUGAUACAAUUCCAACAUGAGACAAAGUCAAGCAUAAAAAAUUUGGAAACUCAAGUUAGCCAAAUUUCAAAUGUUGUGAGCCGACUUGAAGCAAAGGACUCGGGUAAACUCCCAUCUCAAACGGAGCAAAAUCCGAGGCAACAUGUGAAUGCCAUCAUGUUGAGAAGUGGGACGACAUUGAAAGAGGUAGAGAAGAAAGAUCAAGGGAUUGAAGAGGUUGACCAUGAGGAGGAAGCUAAAUUCGAGGAGGAGUCAACAAAAGCCAACCCCCCUCCAUUGUCAUCAUAUGAAGCAGUAGCUCCUUUCCCCGAGGCACUGAGGGAAACAAAGAAGCCAAGGAAAGAUGCGUAUAUCUAUGAGACUUUCACCAAUUGUGAGGUGUAUCCAAAUGAUGAUGAAUUCCGGAAUGCGGCAAUAGAAGCUGGGGAAGUAGUAUGGAAGGAGGGGCUGGUGAAGAAGGCAGGAUUGGGGGAUGGUGCUUCUGGGAAUGCUUAUGCAUUCCUGUCCCUGUACCGGCUAACGGGAAAAAGCAUAUACAAGGAAAGAGCAAUGGUGUUCGCAAACUUCCUGUAUGAAAGCAUUGACAGAGACACCGUAGGGGAUGUAGCAGCAACACUCCCUUGAUCAAGAACUUCGGCUACAUGCCAAUCAUAAUUUCAAAUAGAAAUGGCAAGAUCAACACUAUAUGAAAAUGAGUACUUUAAUCGGGUAUGAGUGUAUGACUACUUGUACUUGAAUUAGGUGUCUCUACAAUAAAAAAGGGUACUAAACCUCAGAAGUUGGAACAAUAAAAUACAACAAAAUAAAACCAAUGGGCGG